AUGACCAACUGCUGCUCCCCUUGCUGCCAGCCCACCUGCUGCAGGACCACCUGCUGCAGGACCACCUGCUGGAGACCCACCUGUGUGACCAGCUGCUGCCAGCCCUGCUGCCAGCCCAGCUGCGGCAGCUCCAGCUGCUGCCAGCCCUGCUGCCAAACUACCUGCUGCACAACCCGCUUCAGACCCACCUGUGUGACCAGCUGCUGCAGCAGACCCUGCUGCCAGCCCUGCUGCUGUGUGUCUAGCUGCUGCCAGCCCUGCUGUCAGCCCAGCUGCUGUGAGUCUAGCUGCUGCCAGCCCUGCUGCCAGCCCAGCUGCAGUGAGUCUAGCUGCUGCCAGCCUUGCUGCCAGCCUCGCUGCUGUGAGUCUAGCUGCUGCCAGCCUUGCGGCCAGUCCAGCUGCUGCCAGCCAGUUUGCUCAGGACCUGUUUACUGCACAAGAACCUGCUACUACCCCACAUGUGUCCGUGUGCCUGGUUGUCUAUCCCAGGGCUGUGGAUCCAGCUGCUGCCAGCCCUGUAGCUGUUGA